GUUAUCCUAACAUUUGUCUGCAUGUUGACGAAGGAAUCUGCAGAAACUUCUCCAGUAGCAUACACACUGCAAGUCCAUCAGGUCGGUUUGGAUGGAAGAGACCCCUCUAGACCCUUGAGAGAAAAAAGGCAGACUCAGUGUCAACUGGGACAAUAUCUACAUCCCAGAGAGACCCACUGCUGCAUGAGAUGCCAUGCAGGAACCUACAAGGCAAAAGACUGUGAUCGGCCUCACCAGGCAACCAUCUGUCUUCCAUGUGCUCAUGGCACAUUCACAGCUGUGGAUAACACCAUGUCUAAAUGCUUCCAGUGCACACGUUGCCGUACAGAAUUCCGGCAGAUAGUAGAGACUCCCUGCACCCCAAAGCAAGAUACCGUAUGUGGCUGUCGGAAGAACCAAUACAAGGUUGGCCUGGCCGAUCUCUUCCGGUGCAGGAACUGCACCUCUUGUGUCAAUGGGAUUAUUGCCAACUGUACAAAGAAAAGAGACACAAUUUGCAGGUGCAAGCCUGGAUUCUUUCUGACAUUUAGUAAUGUUUGCAAGCCUUGCAACAGCUGCAUUGGUGAAGAAUGCUUGCAUUGUCAUAGCCCAGUGACUGCCUCACCGACUUCAACUGGGCUGAAUGGGAGCCUUGUCCUUGGCAUCAUCGUUGCAAUAUUUGGAAUUAUCUUCAUCCUCUAUAUUGUAAAAAAAGUAGUGAAGCUCAUCCAGAAAAAGAGGAUAACAUCAUCUUCCUACUCCUGUGUCUCUUUGCCGCAGACAACUGGGGAGACAGUAUCUGAGGUUGAGGAAAAAAGAGGUGAAAUUUCCAUGCUUCUUCCUGAGUCCCGGAAAGAAACAGAAUUGUUGGUGAAUGCAGCACCACCAUCCGCACCUCUGCCACAAAGCUCACAUGAGUUCCCGGACUGUGUCAGACCUGCCAGGAAGACACAGCUUCCAGACAGCCCUUCUAUUCUCUACACUGUGGUGGAUCACGUACCGCCAUCUCGGUGGAAAGAGUUUGUGCGGCGUCUGGGGCUGAGUGACCAUGAUCUAGAGCGAAUCGAGAUGGAGCAUCGGUGUUUCCGAGAUGCCCAGUAUGAAAUGCUUAGACUGUGGAAACUGCAGAUGAGCCAUGCUGCAACUGUGGAGCACAUCAGCUGUGUUCUCAACCAGAUGGAGCUGAGUGGCUGCAGUGAAGCCAUUCAAGAGGCUUUGUUAAACCAGAGUUCUCCUCAACCUUGCAGCUUCCACAGCCAUCUUAAAUCUAUUUCUGCGUCAGUUGCCCUGGCUGAGACUGUUAGAAGAUGA